AUUGUAUCUUCCAUGUGGGCUGUUGUGGUCAUAGUGGCGGCGUGGCCAAUAUUGGCUGUCAAUGGUUUUCACCUCUCUCACCUGUUUUCCUGGGUCAUCCGACGCAGGACGUUCAACCUGCCCCGCUGAGGAUGGGAUUUGAAAAAAGAUAGUGGUUGCUGUUGGGAGGCAAAAUCGUCAUGAGCACUUACAAUAUAUAUCCAUGGCCUCACGACGAGUUCAAGGUAUUUUUGACGUGGUCACAGUUUCCCCUGCAGAAACUGUCAAUGACUUUCAGCUUCGAAAUGAUGAUAGAAAUACCAGUGAAUCCGAGUCUGGGCGUCCUAUUAAAAUUGAUCUGUACUUUGGGGACUCGAAAUUUACCCUUUCUCUUCUUCUCCUUCGUAUCUUCCCCACUUUGCGCUUUUCUCUCUAUUUUUAUUCGUAUUCUUCAUCAACAACCCCGAGGUAAGCAUUCAUUGUUCCUGCCGACUUUCUCUCACGAUUGUUCCGCAUCUAAUCCAAUUCUUGGAUCUCAACAUGAGAUCCAUCACAAGCCACCGACCGUGUCCAACGCAAGUUCGGACAGCUUUGUCAAUGUAUCUUCUCUCGAUGCAAGCUGCCACAUAUCAAAAGACAUGAUGGAGACGCCUUCCACAACUCGCGGACAGAACAAAAAUCAGCUUCCAGACAUUCCUAAUGAUUGGACACCUCCCUCAGAGCCCCACGCUCGGCGUGUCUUCAUCUUUCAUGCAUGUUAAAUUCACCGCCUGCUCAAGAACUCGAUGCCAUCUCCCGUGGGCUUGACCUUGUCCUACUAAUCGCAUCGUUCCUGUUGUCCAUCACAGGACUACUCACCUAGGCGUUUUUUUGUGAGACACGUCGCUUGGAUGGAGUUACAUGAACAUUGUAAGGAAAAGAAACCAUUCAGGUUGGGGCG